CAUUGUGUCCCUAAUUUUACUUCGGUUCUUGCAGGAGCUACUUUUUCAGAACCGGAGCUUUCUGUGACGAGAUAAAUGAGAAAUACGUGAUUUCAUGCAUGUGGUUAUAGGCAGAAGACUAGAAACCACAGAAUUGUGUACCUCCUGGAUGUUGCUGACAAGCGGUUUGGAGUUCUUCGGAAGUGUUGCUCAUGCUGUUUCAUCCAAUUAUCUGAUCAAACGAUAAACACAUUUAUGAGGCCUAACCCACGGACCUAUGAGAACUUGAGUGCCGAACUGGUCCCAUUUUGUUUUGUUUUUUUUUUUUCCCAGCGCUACCAUCACUACACCACUGCAUAACUUGAGGAUAAAGUCAUCAGAGAGUUAGAUUGAAAUUCAUCAUUGCUGUUUACACUGUAGCACACCAGAAGGAACAAGACAGAUUGUCCACUUGGCUGGAUGUCCUGGGAAGUCCUGCUUUUUUUUCUGAUUCAUCACGACUUCCCCAAACCACAGUCUUCUUCCCUCUCUGAGCUGUGUGAGAUGGCCUAGCAGCGAUGUCACAGCUGUACUACCGCAGAACGGACAACUCUUCAUACAGGGACCGGAUCCCACUGCGUAUCGUGCGGGCCGAGUCGGAGCUAUCCACCCAGGAGAAGGCCUACCUGAACGCCGUGGAGAAGGGCGACUAUGCCAGUGUCAAGCAGGCCCUUGAAGAGGCGGAGAUCUACUUCAAGAUCAACAUCAACUGCAUCGACCCCCUGGGGCGCACGGCUUUGCUCAUCGCCAUCGAGAACGAGAACCUGGAGAUCAUCGAGCUGCUCCUCACCUUUAAUGUGUACGUGGGGGACGCGCUGCUCCAUGCCAUCCGCAAGGAGGUGGUGGGGGCAGUGGAGCUACUGCUCAAUCACAAGAAGCCCAGCGGGGAGAAGCAGGUGCCACCGAUUCUGUUGGACAAGCAGUUCUCUGACUUCACUCCGGACAUAACGCCCAUCAUUCUGGCCGCCCACACCAACAACUAUGAGAUCAUCAAGCUGCUGGUGCAGAAGGGCGUGUCCAUGCCUCAGCCGCACGAGGUGCGCUGCAACUGCAUGGAGUGCGUGUCCAGCUCGGACGUGGACAGCCUGCGCCACUCCCGCUCGCGCCUCAACAUCUACAGGGCGCUGGCCAGCCCCUCCCUCAUCGCCCUGUCCAGUGAGGACCCCUUUCUCACCGCCUUCCAGCUCAGCUGGGAGCUGCAGGAGCUCAGCAAGGUGGAGAACGAGUUCAAGUCGGAGUAUGAGGAGCUCUCGCACCAGUGCAAGAAGUUCGCCAAGGACCUGCUGGACCAGACGCGCAGCUCGCGGGAGCUCGAGAUGAUCCUCAACUUCCGGGACAAUAUCAAUCUCCUGGAAGAUGAAAGCAACAACGACCUAGCUAGACUAAAGCUGGCCAUUAAGUACCGCCAAAAGGAGUUCGUGGCUCAGCCCAACUGUCAGCAGCUGUUGGCAUCCCGCUGGUACGAUGAGUUCCCUGGCUGGAGGAGGCGCCACUGGGCGGGGAAGUUCAUCACCUGCGUCUUCAUCGGGCUCCUCUUCCCGCUCUUCUCCCUCUGCUACCUGAUCGCCCCCAAGAGCCGCUACGGCCUCUUCAUCCGCAAGCCCUUCAUCAAGUUCAUCUGCCACACAGCGUCCUACCUGACCUUCCUCUUCCUCCUCCUCCUCGCCUCCCAGCACAUUGUGUCCACUGACCCCACCCGUCAGGGCCCGGUGCCCACCACAGUGGAGUGGAUGAUCCUGCCCUGGGUCCUAGGUUUCAUAUGGACCGAGAUCAAACAGAUGUGGGAUGGAGGAUUUCAGGACUACAUCCACGACUGGUGGAACCUCAUGGAUUUUGUCAUGAACUCACUGUACCUGGCAACCAUUUCUCUAAAGAUUGUUGCAUAUGUAAAGGACAAAAGGCAGGCACUCUCUCCUGUCCUUCCCCUGCAGUUCAGUGGCUGUAAACCCAGGGAGAACUGGGAGAUGUGGCACCCGACCCUGGUUGCGGAGGCCGUGUUUGCCAUCGCCAACAUCUUCAGCUCCCUGCGGCUCAUCUCCCUGUUCACGGCCAACUCACACCUGGGGCCGCUGCAGAUCUCUCUGGGGCGCAUGCUGCUGGACAUCCUUAAGUUCCUCUUCAUCUACUGCCUGGUGCUGCUGGCCUUCGCCAAUGGCCUCAACCAGCUCUACUUCUACUACGACACAAAUGAGGACAAAGAGUAUGCCUGCAAGGGCAUACGCUGUGAGCGGCAGAACAAUGCCUUCUCAACGUUGUUCGAGACCCUGCAGUCUUUAUUCUGGUCCAUAUUUGGACUGAUCAGCCUUUAUGUGACCAAUGUCAAACCUGACCACAAGUUCACAGAGUUUGUGGGUGCCACUAUGUUCGGGACCUACAACGUCAUCUCCCUGGUGGUCCUUCUGAACAUGCUCAUAGCCAUGAUGAACAACUCUUAUCAGCACAUCGCUGAUCACGCGGACAUUGAAUGGAAAUUUGCAAGAACAAAAUUGUGGAUGAGCUAUUUUGAGGAAGGAGGCACAUUGCCCUCUCCUUUUAAUAUAAUUCCAAGCCCCAAAUCUGUAUGGUACCUCAUCAAGUGGAUAAAGCGACAAUUCUGCAAGCAAGCAAAAUCAACGAGACCAGGAACUUUUGGAACCAUAGGGAGACGGGCAGCAGAAAAUGUGAGACUAAACCACCAGUAUCAGGAGGCGCUGAGAAAUUUGGUCAAAAGGUAUGUGGCUGCAAUGAUCCGAGAUGCCAAAACAGAGGAGGGGCUCACCGAGGAGAAUUUCAAGGAGCUGAAGCAAGACAUCUCGAGUUUCCGGUACGAAGUUCUCGGGAUGAUGAAGCACAACAGGCCUUCUCUGUCGGGGUGUAAACUUAGCGCCGGCUCCUCCAGCCUCGUCUACCCAGACCACCCCUUCAAAUAUUCCCCAGAAUGCACUCCUGGUCAGCAGAAGCAGAAUCUGCACAGUGUCACCGCCGCAAUUCAGCCGGGCUGCGCCGCAGGCACCUCCGAAGCUUACAACGGGCUGGCAAACGGCUACGUGGGCUCCAUCUCAGACGCCUCUUCAAAGGAAAAGCUGCAAAGGAGGGAGUUCCCCAAGGACAUCUCCAACUUUGGGCUGUUCCAGAGACGCAAGGGUAAAAAGCCUGGGCCCAACCCCAACACGAUCUACUCCCUGUCAGAGGAGGCAGGUGAGCCAGACCCGGAGGAUCAGACGUGUGCCGAGACGGAGAAGGAGGAACUUGUGGGACUGUCGUCGAAGGAGGACGGGGAAGCCACGGAUGCCUUGGUGUCUCAGGUAGAAGAGGAGGUGGGAGAGGAGGCGGUGGAGGAGAUGGAGAAAUCUCCACUUAAACAGACUGCUGAGGGGGAUGUUUAUGCGUCCUCCAAAGAGGACACAAAGUUCACCUGAUUCAGCAAAUAAAAUUGCUGGACUGCGAGAGUGACAAUCGGAUUUGUGAGCCACGGAGUUAUAUUUUGUUUGCAGUGCAUCAUGGGAUACAAGACUCGUUCAACUGCUGUCAUUGCUUUUAAAAAAUGUUAGAGUGAAGAUGAGAGAUGAAUGUCAGCACAGGAGGUUGAGAAAGGUUUUUAUUUUCAAUUUGGAGUGUCUUAAAAGGUGUGUACCUCUUGAGGUGCGACAUUUUUGAGGGUAUUUAUAGACUCAGGGAAAGGCAUGAUACAUAAUAUUGAAACUCUGCUAAGUUCCUGUUAAUGCUCCACUGCAUGGGCCUUGUCUGUCCUGGGCUAAUUGAGAAUGAACCAGUGGUCUGCUGCCGUGACUACCUGGUUUCUACCCCAUUUGCAGGUUUUACUGAAGAAGACACAGGGGCAUGUCCAGAUUUAAACUAUAUAUUUUAGAGAGACAUUUGAAUUCUGUGAAAGUAUUUAUUUAUCUUACCAUUACUACUUCUCUCAGCUUACAAAGCAAAGUAGGGGCAAUGGCAGUUGUCAGACCCUGUACUCUGUACUCUGCAGCCUGCCUUAGCAUAUACAGCACUCCCUGGUUACAACAGGACUAUCAAAAUACAUUAAACAGCCGCAAUAAGCUGGAGACAUGUGGGAAGUGGUGAAAUGUAGCACUCCAGGAAUAAGCGGGUUUUCAGAAAUACCCCCCAUAGCGACACACACAUUCAGCGUUUGCACACGUGGUCACAUGGCUGCCAGGAAAAUAACAUCACAGAUGACAGAAAACUGCACUCAGUAUUCAGAUAUCUAAUGUUCAAAUUGAAAAGAAGAAUGGUGUGUGCAAUUUCGUCAAAUUCUCAACAGCACUGAAAUCCAUUCAUUCUUAUGUUUGACUGAUACGUUUUAUAUUCUUCAUUCUGAAAUG